CUGUCAGUCCAGUUGCGAUCGUGUUGUUUGUCGGUUGCGACGUUGAAAAGAUUCAGAUUCUGAUUCAGAUUCCAUUAGUGUCAUUCAAAUCGGAGGGAUUCAUUCUUCUCCACUGGCGAUCAUGAUGCUCAGUUGUCUCUGCAUUUCGUUGCUUCUGCUCUGCCCCAGCUUGAUUGGGGGAGCUCCGCCGGACUACUCGAAUCCCAAGUCGCAGGUGGAAUACAUCAGUAAUAACAAGCCGUCUGGAGCUGUGAACGCUUUCCCCAAUAUUGUGCCGAUCACUCGCCCACCGCUGGUGACUCAAACAGCUCCUCCGCCACCACCCGAUUCAAAGAACUUUGCCUUCAAUCCGAUCACCCAAACCUGGACCAAAAUAAAUCCUGGAGAGCCUCUGCCCGACGGGGACACACUCGUGUGGAACCAAAGCAACGACAAGUGGCUGACAUGAUCACCUUAGUUAUCAGAUUUUAAUAAUGUGUAUUAAUAUAUUUUAUAUGUCUGGUUAAAAAUAACAAAAAACCCCGGCAACAUCA